AUGAAGGAUUUGCGUCAGAUCUCAUUGUGCAAUGUGGCCUACAAAAUUGUCUCAAAACUCCUUGCCAAUAGAUUAAAGAAAUGUUUGGAUAAGUGUAUUGGCGAGGAGCAGUCGGAUUUUGUGGAGGGGAGGUCUAUUCUUGAUAAUUCCAUGAUUGCGUUUGAAGUUAUCCACGUCUUUAAGAAAGGGACUUCGGGGAAAAAUGCCCAAUUGGACUUGAAGAUAGAUAUGAGUAAAGCAUAUGAUAGGAUGAAUUGGGCCAGGAAGAUGUUUGAGGCAUGGGAUCCCCUAUCCCUUUAUAUCUUUAUUCUUAUCAUUGAAGGUCUUUCGGCUCUUAUCAGAGGAGCUGUCGCUCGUGGGGAUCUCCACAGGAUCCAUAUAUUCAGAGGAGCAUCUAGUGUGUCUCACCUGAUUUUUGCUGAUGAUUGUUUUCUGUUUUGCAGGACAAAUCUCAUUGAGGUUCACAAUAUUAUGGAGAUCCUUAAUCUUUAUGAUGAAGCAUCUGGUCAAGACAUUAACCUUUCUAUAUUUGAGGUGUUUUUUAGUAGGAAUAUCCGUAUACCUGCUCAGGAGGAUCUGGCUAGCAUUAUGGGGGUCCGUCAUGUUCUUGGUACGGGAACCUAUCUAGGACUCCCGUCCCUAAUAGGUCGAAGUAAGAAAGCCACCUUUGGUUAUGUGAAGGAUAUGAUCUGGAAGAAGAUUAAUUCGUGGAAGGGUAGCCGAUAUCUAAAGUAG